AUGCCAUCACUUGGCCGGAAGCAGUUCAAACCAUCACCAUGUCCAGUUGGUCUGAAACCUGAUGAUAAAGUAUUUUAUCUUCCACUCACUAAUGAAAUUUUCACAUCGUAUGAUGACUUUUUUCAACGACAAAUUUCUCUUAGUUCGAUGGUUUGGACAUGUUCAGUAACCGGAAAGACGGGUUUGACAUUUGAGGAAGCUCUUGAUUCUGAAAAGAAUGCACAGGAAACGCUGAAGACUUAUCCACCCUCUUUUGCAAGACCUAUUCUUUAUCUUGUAUACAAAUUAUCAUGUCGUGGGCGAAUCGAAGAUUUGGUAAACGAUAUUUACUUUUUUGUCAAAGAUCACUUUCUGCUGGGCGAAGAAGUUACAUACAGCGGUGGACGUGGUCGAAAAGAUGUUAUAAUUAAAAAAGUGACGUAUAUUGAUGUGGAAAAUGAUGUUAUCACAAAUCAGCAUAAUGAUGUGAAGAAACCAGCCAUUUUUGUGAAAAGAGGAGAGCUAUUAAUACCACCAGCGGAACGUUAUAUGUAUGAUGUCCUAAUAUUAGAUAAGCAUAACGGCGAUGCUGGCAAUAAAGUACGCGAACGAGUCAGUCAUCAAGAUUUACUACGAAGCAAAUCUCUGUGGGCUCGGAAUAUGAUCCGUGUGUUCUUGAAAAAUUCGUGUAUAACAGAUCACGAACGUCUAACCGUAAAAAAAGAAUUGCGGGAAAAUUUCCAGUUAGACAGUAUGUCAUGGAAUGAGGUGUUUGCUGGACCGAUUGCGCAGUUUCCGCGAACACCGUUAAUGCAUCGUGGACCAAGUAAAGGAAUUUCUCGUCCAUCUCGCAACCAUCUAAAUGGUCAUUCUGCUGAUGAUCUGGAUGCACAGUCGACGUCGGAUGCUGACUUUGUUGAUAUUGUUGAAAAAGAUAAGUUACAUUCGCGAUCUAAGAAAGCAUCUCUAGAGAAAGAUAAAAAGGAAAACGAUAAGAAGGGAGAGAGUGGCAAAAAAACGAAAAAAAAAAGAGCGAUUGCUGAGCAGCAGGAAGAAUUGGAGAGUCUUUUUGAGCAAGCACGAAAAGUAAAUAUUGAAAAUCUCUCCCAGUGGGAACAGGAUGAACGUUUGCUUUCUGAAGCUGAAAUCGUUGAAUUGAAGCAGUUAAUUCGGCAGACUAAAGAAAAGGAUCGUGAGGAAAAACGUUUGAAUAAACAACGGGCAAAAGAAAUGUUACUGGAAUGGAAGAAACCAAGAGAUGAUAUCCUUUGUGAUGAUCUUCAACCCUUACCUCAUUUGGCACCUCUUCUACUGCCUCUGUGGAUGUCCGACGACGAUUUUGGCGAUUAUUUAUACAUUUUUGAAUUUUUCCAAAGUUUCGCGGAGUUGUUACCAAUUAAAGAAGUCCGCGGUAUUAAUCAGGUCAAGUUUAGUGAAAUUAUAUCAGCUGUAAGAAGUCGGACACCAGAGCAAGAUAGUUUAUUUGUUCAGUUGAUGCAUAUUUUGUUGAAAGCCAAAGCUGAACGAGCUGAUGAAGAAGACGGUGAUGAAGCUAACUUAAGCAACAAAGAAGAAAUACCACUGGAUGCAAAUGAUAUCGACCACAAGAUAUAUGGUCCGGAAAUUCGCCAAGCAACAAUCCUUCAUGAGAAUAUUCGGCUUACACAUGGAUUGAGCGCACGACACUUACCGAUCGAUUGGAUGACUUUGACCGAGGUAAUGCGGUUGUCGUUGAUGACAUCUGGAUAUUAUACAGGUGCUCCCACUCACCGAUUUCGGUUAUUUUCAAGAGGAGCUAUACGCUGCUAUGAAGAUGAAGGGUUUUUGUUUGCCAAAGAUAAUCCACAAAUUAUGAGUAUUCUGGAAAAGAAUUCGGUGUUUGAUCUCCAACCUUAUGAACGCAUAGCGCUGUUCAAAGUAGUGAUACAGCAGUUACUUAGUUACCAUAAAUUUCGUUCCACAUCUGAUGAACGUAUUAUUUCGUUGCUUGAUGUGCGGAAAGAGCUAAAAAAUCUUCGAAAUUUCGAUGCAGCGCAGGAAAAAGAAGCACGAGAGGCUUCGUUAGUUCGAGAAUAUGAAGCAGAGCAAUUAGAAGAAUUGGGUGAAGCAGCUAGAGCGGAUUUUGUCAAAAAAGAGGAACCUUCCAAGGAAACAAUAACAUUAAUUAAUUUUGUAAAGGGCGGAAAUUUCGUUGGCAGAAGAGACGAGAGGUUGAGAGAAGUGGAACAGAUACUCAUGAAAGGGGUUUCAUAUGCUCAGAUGGAAGCUGACGAAAUAAAGAAAGUUCGUUCGUUGCAAGUAGAACAUACGACUGCCGCAGAAAAUGAUUUACUCAAACUCAUUUACAAAAUACAAAGUCGCGUUGGUUGGCAUUGUCUUGGCCGUGAUCGAGGAUUUCGUACAUAUUGGUUCUUUAGUUCAUUGCCAUUGCUUUUGGUAGAAAAUAUUAAUUCGAUGGAUGAACGAGGUCCGUGCCUUGGACCAACACCACUGGACAGGGUUGAUGAGAAAUAUCGGCAGUUGUGUGAGAGUGAUGAUAAAUUGCGGCAAGAUCUGUUGAGUUGUACAGCCACUGAAGAUUGCCCAGUCCAUGGGAAGUUCCGUCGUUCUCGGUGGCAGCUAAUCAAAAACAUGGAUGUUCUUAAUGAAAUUGAGUCUGCGUGUAACAGUCGUGGUUUUCGGGAAUCAGAACUUUUGGAAAACUUGAAGUUCUUCAGUCCUCUAUUGAAAAGCAUACUUGGUCGGUGCUCAGACAAGAUCAGUUCUGGUGAAAUUUAUACCGAACUUUUAUUGACGGAUGUUGAUUUGGCAGAUAACUCUGUGGCAUUUGACUGGAGUCGUGAAUUUAUUGAUAUGCUUUUGGAUUUAGAAGAAAAGGUUGAACAAGGGUGCAUUGGUCAUUUAGCUAUUAGUGAUAUUCGUCGUAGAGAAGAGUGGCGUGAGUCAUUACUUCAGAAGCGUAAUGUCACUUCUUUUAUUGAAAGUGAUGUAGAAGUUUUUGGAGAAACAGUAUUUACCGUUGAUGAAGUGAAGUCACUAAGUGAACUGGAACAUCUAGCUGUAGCAUUUUUACAAAUUGUUCAAGGAAUUAACCUAAAAUUUUUGCGGCUACCUUUUGCUACAGCUUCUUCUAAAGAAAAAGAUUGUGCGAAUAUUCCUACGACUACUUUUGAUCAGUGGCAAAAAUCUUUAUUAAAAUGCUGCUCUAUAUCGGCUUUAUCACUAUAUUACACAACUUUAGAAUCUUCCAUCUUAUGGACAAGAAGUCGGCUUCAGGCAAGAUGUCGGAAAUGCCGUAAAAAGGGAGAAACUGAAAAACUGUGCAUGUGUGCACGUUGUGAUCGAUGUUAUCACAUUGAUUGUGCUAAGCCAAAAAUCAAGGAUACGAAUGGUUGGAUGUGCUCUGACUGUAGGGCUCUGGUAAAAGCACAGGAAGCCGAAGAGAAAUGGAAAAGCCAACAAGCGGUAAAAAAAGAAGAAGAAGAGGAACAGAGUUACAGUCGAGGAAGCGAUGAUGCAUGUGGUACGUCUGCAGACGAAUUUUCCGAACAGCCACUUGCUGAGGAAGAAUUCGAGCUCCCAUCAGAUAUGCUGAAAACGUCAAGCGGGCGUAUUGUUAAGAAAGUAGCUUAUGCUGAUGAAUCGUUCGAAGAGAUGAGGCGAACUGUGCGGAAGAAGAAUUUUGUUGGCGGUGAAAGUGAUGAGGGCGGAAGCACUAGUGAGAGUGAGUAUUCGUAUACAAAAAGAAAACGACCCAGUAAAAGUGGUGAACGAGCACUAGGGAAUCUAACGAUUAGCUUGCGUGAAACGGAUAACCGGAUACGAAAUACAUUGCGUGCUUUCGAAUUACUGAUAAGUGACGCAAUGCGACAGCAAAUUGCUUGGCCUUUUUUAAAACCAGUAGAUGCAAAGGCCGUGCCUGACUACUACCAGAUUAUCAAGAGGCCGAUGGAUCUGCGUACAAUAAUGAAUAAACUAAAGCAACGAUUGUAUGAUACGCCUGAUCAAGUAAUAGCCGAUGCACGGCUGAUUUUCGAGAAUUGUCGUAUUUACAAUGAGGAAGAAUCCGAAAUCUAUAAGUGUGCAAACAAAUUGGAACAGUUUAUGGAAGAACGAUUCAGCAAAAUACUACAGUCAAAUGCAAUUCGAACGCGAAGUGAAUGUUAA